GUGUGGCCUCGGAGAAGGGGCAGAGCAGGGCCUUGGGGAUGGGGCGGGGCAAGGGUGUUCGGGUUUGUGUGAUUACUGUUAUUUCUACAUUUUCUUUGAGGUAGAUCCUAGAUUGCACUUAAAUUCAAAAAGUGAUCUUGUGCUUAAAAAGGUUGGAAACCACUGUGCUAUAGGAUGGCAAAGUAUCAUUAAUAUCGUUAGAAAGACAAGUUGUGUGAAAAUACAUUCUGAGUACCCUUCCUAGACCCUGUGCACGUUCGAAAGCUUGUCUUAUUGGACCAACUUGUGUUGGUGAAAGAAAGAUAUUACCUCAGCCACCUUGUUUCUCUAAAUCCUUGGGUCAGCUCAGCUAUAUCACUGCAAAUUACUAGCAAAUUUGUUUACCAUAGGGAUGUAAAUAUUGUUUUAAAAGUUAACUGUUUAAAUGCUUACAAUUAUAUCGUUUAACUGGUUAACCAAUUAAAGGGGGAGAGGCUGGGGGUUAAUGGUUAGGGUAGGUUAACUGAUAAGACUAAUGCUUACCGUUUAAUAUUUUACCUCCCUAGUUUCAGUCUUUCUUAAUUGAUAUCCCAUACUAUCACAUUCUUCACAGUAUGUACUAGGAAAUCUGUUCAAAAGGAGGUGCAGUUGUAAAAGUGCAAUCCUUCAAAUGUUAUAGCAAGAUAACCUAUUUUUUGUUAAUCUUAUUAAAGAGAAGCUGUAUUUCCCCCAGCUGAAGUUCCAUUACUUCCACCAUGGAGACAGAACAAGAAAACCUUUGUAUCAGUAAAGAUGAUGAGAGCUCUGAAUCUGCUUUUCAUUGCUCAGCAUGUCAUGAUGAUCAGGAUUGGAGCUGUGCUAACCCUAUCCGGGGUCGGGCUAAGACCCGCAGUUUGUCUGCUUCACCAGCCCUGGGAAGCACCAAAGAAUUCAGGAGGACACGCUCCUUGCAUGGACCAUGCCCAGUGACCACAUUUGGACCAAAGGCAUGUAUGCUGCAAAACCCUAAAACUAUAAUGCAUAUUCAGGACCCAGCAAGUCAGCGGUUGACAUGGAACAAACCUCCAAAGAGUGUCCUUGUUAUCAAAAAGAUUCGCGAUGCCAGUCUGCUCCAGCCUUUUAAAGAACUCUGUGUAUAUCUUACUGAGGAGAACAACAUGAUAGUUUAUGUAGAAAAAAAAGUGCUAGAAGACCCAGCCAUAGUUAAUGAUGAUAAUUUUGGACCAGUGAAGAAGAAAUUUUGCACUUUCAGAGAAGAUUAUGAUGAUAUCUCCAAUCAGAUAGACUUUAUCAUAUGCCUGGGAGGAGAUGGUACCUUGCUUUAUGCUUCUUCACUUUUUCAGGGUAGUGUACCUCCAGUUAUGGCUUUUCAUCUGGGAUCUCUUGGAUUUCUCACCCCCUUUAACUUUGAGAACUUUCAGUCCCAAGUUACUCAAGUUAUAGAAGGCAAUGCAGCGCUUGUUCUCCGGAGCAGACUGAAAGUGAAAGUAGUAAAGGAACACAGAGAGAAGAAGACAUUGAUACAAAAUGGUAUUGAAGAAAAUGGAGUGAUCUCUACAAGUCUAGAGAUGGAAAUGGGCAAGCAAAUCAUGCAAUAUCAGGUCCUAAAUGAAGUUGUUGUGGAUCGAGGUCCUUCCUCCUACCUUUCCAAUGUGGAUGUUUUUCUAGAUGGACACCUCAUAACCACAGUGCAAGGUGAUGGCGUGAUUGUUUCCACACCAACUGGUAGCACGGCUUACGCGGCUGCAGCGGGAGCAUCUAUGAUUCAUCCAAAUGUUCCUGCAAUAAUGAUCACCCCAAUCUGCCCUCACUCACUGUCCUUCAGACCCAUUGUUGUUCCUGCAGGAGUUGAGCUCAAGAUCAUGCUGUCCCCUGAUGCCAGGAACACUGCAUGGGUUUCAUUUGAUGGGAGGAAGAGACAGGAAGUCUGCCAUGGAGACAGUAUUAGCAUCACUACCUCUUGCUAUCCCCUCCCUUCGAUCUGUUUCCGAGAUCCUGUGAGCGACUGGUUUGAAAGCCUGGCUGAGUGUUUACACUGGAAUGUUCGGAAGAAACAAAAUCACUUUGCUGUUGAAGAAGAAUUUUGAAUGUCAACACCUAAUGAGACUCAUGGGAACUUAAAAUGGCAGUAUCCCUUGUAUAAAAAUGUUUGUUCAGCCUAGGGGGACUAGACCAAUACAUAUAUUUUUAAAUAGAGAUGUAGCUCCAUAUCAGUCUGCUCUGCUGAUGACCAGAAAUUAUCAUGUUGCUUCCUGUCUCCUGAGAAUAGGAGUGGAAGAAUUUAUAAUCUGAUUUUUUUUAAUUUAUAAUGGGUUGGUAUUUUUAAUCAAUAUCAACACACAGGUCUACAAACGACCUCAAACACAAUUGUAACAAGUAAUUUGCAGACUAGCAUUAUAGGUUGUACCCAGAUACAUAAUAGAAAAAUGGCAUUAAAAUAUUUGUUAAUUUGGUAGAUUUGUAAUUUCGGGGUUAAGACUUCUCAUCUAAAACUCAAAGGAUUUUUUCUUUUUACAGUGCUCUUUGUUAAUUUAAAUGAAUGCAUGGUAGUCCAAAUGUCUUCCCAUCAGGUGAACUAUUUAAAUAUUUUGCCUUUCCAUAAAAAUAUAGCAAGAAUUAGGGGAAAGAACCACUAUACAGAUACUCUUCAGAUACAACUUACUAUAAAAAAUACACAUAGUUUUGUAAGUAUUGAGAACCCUUUUUCUUUCUGCCCAUUUGAACUAGCAUCAUUUAGGGUCCCCAUAGGCAGCAUUGACAACUGCCUGGGUGGACAAAUUGGUAAAGUGGCAUUUUUUUUGUUUAUGAGCUAAUUAUGCCCGAGCAGUUCACUGCUUUCUGAGCAUGUUUGUGACCCUUAGAAAAGGUUUGGGUUUUUUCUUUUCUCUUUUUAACCCUUUGGGAUAAGCAGCAGCAUUUGAGGUUGUAAACUACAGAUUUUUCAUCAAGUGCUCAUUGUUGACCCAACAAGCAGAGUCUCUUCUAGGAUGGCUAUAUUGUUGUUCUUUUGAACCACUAAUUAUGUUAACUAGUCUCACAUUCUAAAUUAGGAUCUGAAUGCUCUUCAUGCCCAUUGAAGAUAAGUGUGCUUCUUGCAGGAUUGGGCUUUGAGUAAGGAGAAAAGGGAUACUGCAUUGAUAGGCUGAUCAGAAACAGGACACAUUCCCAGCAUAGUAGCGAUGGUGCCUUCAGCACACUUCAAGAUAUUUUAAGUCUUGUAUGUACUUUUUUAAGAGUCUUUCAAAUGUUUCUAACCUGUUUAUGUACAUAUUUUAUUGUACAUGCUUUUAUGAAAACAAGUAGUUUGAAAAAAAGGUUUGUACUACAAUCACUUUUACUAAAAAAAUCAAACUCAGUUAUAAUGUUUACAUUUAUGUUCUCUGUGGUGCAGUCUCUCAUAACCAUAUUGUUCAAAUCUUAGCAUCUUCACGUAUCUCUGCAUAGACCAUUAAAAGGGAUGGAUGUUCUCUGCUAAUCUUGAAGUCUACAGCAUAUUAUUGCAGAGGAAUCUGUUUCUUACUGAUUAAGUGUGGGAUUUCAAAGAAGCUCUAUUGAACUUUCAUGGUUGUCUUGCUCUUGUUAGUGUUUGUGCAGUCAGGGGUAACAAUGGGAGAUGUAUUAAUUCCCAUGCUCUACCUACCCUGCAGUCUUCUGAUUCAUGGGCUAAUGUCUCUUUUCUUUUUUUCAUGUUGCCUUGGUCUGUUUAAUUUUGUCAAAUCAAGGUGAGAGCACGCUGCAUAAAGCAGCAGAUUUAAACUCUCUGGUAAUGGUGUAAAUCACGCUAAAAUUGUGUUAAUAUAUAUUCAUGUUCAGUUUGUAAAUGUUUUGUUAGCUAGAAUAUUGGUUGAAUUCCGUCUGGACCAGCAAAAUUUGUGACACCUUUGAGUAUGUUCAGACAGCUUUAGAUCUUUGUUUUUCACUUGAAUUUACAGUAUAAUGGUUAUAUCACUGUUUAAAGUUGCUUACGGGUUUUUAGCCGACAAAGUAUUCAAUUUUCGAACAGCUGUUUACUUUCUGAGCUAUAGAAACAUAUUUUGUUUCAGAAAAAGAUAAAUUUCCCUAUUUAAAAAUGCAAUAAUUGAGAAAAGGAACAGAGUAGAGCCUUUAAUUUUAACAUUUAGUAUAUAAAUGUACUAAAAUGAAUGAGAAUGAACAAAAGGCUUUGCUGGAUAGGAAGUGAAAAAAUAAACCAUUUGAGAAAAUGUUAAGGCAAAAUAAGUUAAAAUGAGCCUUGUAUAGAACAGCAGUUUUUUGUUUUUUUUUUAAAAGCUAAAACCUAGCAUUUUAGCACCUUUUGUAUUUGUGCUUUUUUAUAAUAGUAAAUAUCAUUCAUUAUAUGGAGCAAAUUGUGGAACUUAAAUUUUCAGUGUACAUUUCAUAAAAUGUAAUCUCUAAAACCCUAUAUAACUACUCCCUCUAAAUUUUACUUAUGUUUCUUAUUAAAAUUAAUCUAACAUACACA